AUGAGGGGUAGCGUCGCUGGUGGGGUGUCCUUAGGGGCUCAUUUGGUCUGCGCCAGGGUGGCCGGGCUCACGGACAAACAACGCGCGAUGUGUCGGUCGUCACCAGCGGCGAUUGCCGCCGUAGGUGAUGGUCUGAGGAUGGCGUACACAGAGUGCCGGGAGCAGCUCAGCGGCUACAGGUGGAACUGUUCAGGAGUUGGGGACGGCAACGAUUUCGGACACGUCAUGCCUCUGGCGACGCGCGAAGCAGCGUUCACCUACGCGAUAACCUCCGCUGGAGUAACUCACGCCCUCAGCUCGGCGUGCGCCAGGGGCGACCUUCCCGCUUGCCACUGCAACACCAACAGGAGGCGGGUCAGCGGCCCUUCAGAGCAGUUCCAGUGGGGCGGCUGCGGGGAGGCGGCGUACGGAAUGAGGUUCGCGCGGCGCUUUCUAGACGCCAGAGAGCUGGAGGCGGACGCCAGGAGCCUCAUGAACCUACACAACAACCGCGUCGGCCGGAAGCUAGUGAAGGACUUGGUUCGUCGCGAGUGCAAGUGCCACGGCGUGUCCGGUUCGUGUGCGCUGCGCACGUGCUGGCGCGCGCUGCCGCCUUUCCGGACGGUCGCCGCCGCCCUUAGGGACCGCUACCACCGCGCCAAGAUGGUCACCGUCCACCCGCCACCCGCCACGCAUGCGCCGCACACCCACCUCGUCAUACGCAGGCCUAGGCAGAACGCCGGUGUCGGCCGACAGCCCCGGAAAUCGGAGCUGGUUUACCUCGAACCCUCGCCUUCGUAUUGCGAACCGGAUCCUGUAUCAGGCUCGCUGGGAACCCACGGCCGCCAUUGCAACAGGACGUCUAAAGGCGAGAUCAGCUGCGAGAGUCUGUGCUGCGGCCGCGGCUACAGCACGGUGCGGAAGGUCGAGGAGACCAAGUGCCGCUGCCAGUUCCACUGGUGCUGCCGCGUCAGCUGCGAGAAGUGCCUCAGCCGCACUGAAACGCACGUGUGCAAC